AUGCGUAACACUGGCCUUGGAGUUGUAUCACGCCGCAUUAGAGCUGAAAAGGCACUUAAACAUCUCGGAACAGCCCGGAUUGAAGUAGAUACUCUGUGCUUUCCAGACUCCGACGGGCCAAACAUCGAAAAUGUGAAGCGGCUGAGUAGCCUUUUUCGACUGCAGCGUGACCUGGACCCUGGGGAGCUGCAAAACCGGAUACCUGCCGUAAUUGAUGAGAACGAUCUGCGUGAAGCUCUAUCCGCCUCGGGGCUGUCCCAAGACAGCCUCCUGUCAAAUGGUCGGGAUUACCCAACGCUUCAUUUCCGUCGGAAUUUUCGAUUGAACUGUCUCCGAGGCGAAGAUCGUGUUGAGGCUGUUAAGCAAGUCUUUAGAUCAUCCGAUGUACGUUGGGUCGUCGAUCUAUUUGCUGCAGACAUAAGCAAUGAGGCGAAACGAGACAUAGUGGAAGAAUAUGCGAGCGAAAGAAAAUUAGACGACGGAGAGGUCUAUUAUAAGAUACGCGAAUAUCAAGGAAUAUUUGGACAGGAACAGCCACACUUUGAGCAGCGAUGGUUGGCGCGCCUUGCUACCUUGCCUGACUCAAAGACGAAGAAGGAUUGCUUCGACCAACUUACCGGCCACCCCAAGUUCUCACGAGCAUUUGAUGCAUUUCAUCCCAUACCUGCGCUCUACUGCGGACUGAGACUGAGCGUGGUCAGCAAAAUGAUAUCCAUGAGAUGCCAUGAAGAACUCGUUGCUUAUUUGAGACAUAUCAAAAACUUUUGGUAUGAUGAUAUAUUUGACGGAAAUGAAGCAGCAAUGAAAAGACUCGACAAACAGUCAGUUCUGGCACUGGAACUCAAGGCCCCUGGUGCGUGCCAGAAAGAUGCUCGGGGUUUGUAUGGCCGGGUCCACGGCGGCGAAAUCCUGAGCGCAUUUAGCCAGGCAGAAAGGGAACUGAUCUGGUCAAAGAUAUGUUCCGCCACUACCGAGCGCCUGAUCCCAUCCCUCCGUGGAUUCUUCAACGACAUCAACUAUAUCAAACUUGCGGCUGAUUGCAUGAAGAGGUUGGUAAGUCUGAAUAGCGACAAAACCAUCCGAAUGGAGCUGGAGGCUGCAUAUUCGGAGGCAGAUCAAAUUGGCGGCGGAUUCCUGGUCCAAGUUUCUGGCCAAUCUACAAAGUUGGUCCGUGGAAGCGGCUCAGAGCAUUUUGACGUAUUGUACAGGCAAUUGUGGCUUUAUGCGCUGCGCGAACAUCCAGCUAUGCCAGCCGAGGUCAAUGCGAAGAAGUCAGGUGGGAAAACCACGCAGGUUGAUGAGGACGUAUUGUUUCGAUUUGCGCAUUUCGCACGCAAGCUUGGCUUCAAGACCGACGAGAUUAAGGCGCUGCUACAAAGCAAUCCGGAUCGGGCGAUCGCUCGCCGACUGCUAACAACUGCGCGCAAACCCGAGGAGUUCGAUUAUGAAGACAUGGAAUCGUGCAUCACAGCAGUUGCGGAAGUAAUAGCAAGCGCGCAACCUAUCGCAAAUGAUAAAACCGAGGAAUGUUAUAUAGUUGAAGACCAUGGCAAACCUCCGGAACGAAGUGGUCAGCCAAUGAAAAACGAUUUGGCCCGAGACAAGGAGUUCAUGUAUUUAGAUGUGUUCCAUGGUGCAUUUCCAAGACAAAACCCGAAUCUGUCAUCACUAUUCGUUCAACGAUCUAUGUACUUUGCAUUAUUUGGCAAAGACAUCAGCCUCUCUGUCGACGACGUUAACGCGGCGCCCGAAGUACCGAAAGCUGCGUACGGAGGCCUGGCGUUUGAACACCGCACAAAUCCCCGUCUAAUACGACUGAGCGCAGAACAACGUGCAGUCGAGGAAGGGUACGAAAGACAACUGGAGGAUCUGAGAGGCAGGGUGGCGGAGACUGAGUCGCGAUUGGAACUUCUCGUACAGAAGGAGCAUGAACGCUUAGAGAAUGUCGAGCGGCUGCAAAGCACUCUCGCAACACAGGAAAGCACCCUUGAUGCAGCCAGAAGCGAGGACCGGGAACUUCGAGAGAGGCUGGAAGGUCUUCGGCAAGCAGCGGCCGAGCAAGUUAUCAGACUUGAAACUCUCCAAAAUGAUGUACAACAGAGGCAGUCUCAAAUUGGGGAGCUAGAAAAGAGGCGGACCGACCUAAGCGGAGAAAUACGGCUUAGUCUUGUCGCGACCAAUCGACAAAACCCAAACUUUCAGGAAGAAGACCACGAGGCUAGAUUGCUGGAGCUCUCUGAGCAGGCCAUUGAGAAACAGAACAACGUCAACCAGCUUGCAGCGCUGAACCGGGAGAAACAGCAGGAGAUGCAACUCCUGGAGGAGGAAAGACAAAGACUACAGCUUUUGGUGGAUAAGCUUACUGCUAAACGCAAGGAAGAAGAAGCACGAGCAGCGACAAUGGCGGCAGAGGAAAGGGAACGAAAUUCCGUGGUUGAUAAGCUUAAGGAGAAAGAGCUGCAGCUCAGACAAACCAUUGAUCAUCUCGAUUCAUGCCUGCAUCGGCUCCGAACGAAGAUAACUGAUGCUACAGAGGAUGAGAAGGAAUUGCAGUCGAGGAUCGAGCGCCUCACAGAGAUAGAGAGGACGGCCAUGGCCGCAAGUGGGCGGGAACACGACAGGGCGGAAGAGCCCGCAGUGGAGAGGCCGCAAAUCAAAAACAGUACUUUGGGGACGAUGGUGAGGGGAGCGCUGAACACGGAUGAAGAAUCAUUGACAGGAGAAUCCAAUGAUCACGCUACAGUGGUUGGGACAGAACUUGUGCAUGUACCGCAGGAACCGUUGGGGCCGGGAAUGGUUCGUGUACAGUUCAAGCUUUUUGAGAAUGGGGAUUGGGCAGUGAAGGACGAGGUGACUGUGGACCCAACAGAGCCGUCCGCGGUCAUGAGGCUGGCAAAAAAGUACAUGCGAAAAGAAUAUGGGUUAUUCGAUAGCAAUAGUAAAGCACUUGUCCCAGAGACAUGUUUUCAGCGAGUCACAUCUGACGGCACAAACACCAUUCGUUUAAUUCCGAAAUGGACAGGUGAUGGAAAGGCGGCCACAGAAGAGGUAGAAAUUCGCAAGCGUAAUAAAAACAAUUAA